AUGGGAGCCGAAACUGAAUCUCAGGAAAAACACACACAAGAAAGGCCAAAGCCUACUCUCACACAGGAACAAUUCCUUUCAUGGAAGCGCCAGAAGGAUGCUGCUGUAUCAGCCAGCAAAGCUGAAGUAUCCAGGAAACGUGCAGAAGAUAUUGCAGUAGGAACAGUGCAAAUGAAUGGCCGGGAGUUGUUUACACAUGAGCCGUGGGUGUUUGAUAACUCACGAUAUUGA